GAAAGUGAUUUGGGCAAAGGUGCUUUAUAAUCUCACCAGUGGUCACUAGACAGAAUGUUGGUAACGGUAGAAGCUAAUUUGGUCUGGAUUUCUUGUGUGAAUUUUGAAUUUUGUGAACACACGACUGGCUUGCCAAAGUGUUAUUGUGCUCCAAGCUCAGCGUGAUAACCAAUGUGAAUAUAUUUGCAAAACGUGUAAUUAGCAACGUUUAGCAGCAAAAACUGCACGAGUUAGCUAAGCUACCUAGUCUGACCAAAACAUUAGCAUCUCUCGACAGCAGCAACUAGACAAUAACACGGAAACAGCUGAUCCAGCAGUCAGCUGUUACGGACAUAAACGUUAGACACAGCAUGUGGAGGAGUUGUCCUUGCGGCUGCAGGAGUUUGUUGGCUUUGUUGCUAACCAUGGCUACAUGUCGCCAUCCCUGGCUGAGUCCGUGGGAGGAAACCGAAUGUUUCACCUACUAUGACAUGCUCACUCCUCACGAAAUUUAUGAAGUCGUGGGCUCUCAACUGACGGAAACCGACGUGGAAGUGUUGUCUUAUAUCUUGGAUGAAAUGUACCCCAAUGAACAUCCCCUUGAUCCAGAACAAUGGACCGAGACGGCUAGAGCACGCGACUCCGGACAGCUAGAGGUGGUCACGCCGCCAGACCCCCGACUGGUGAGAGCUUGGCGGCGGGUCCGGCCCCGCUGUCGGCCAUGUCCGGAGGCCGCGCGACACAAGCCCAAAUGCGGCGUGGAACUGCUGCUGGAAUUGGAGAGGAGAGGUCAUCUGAGCGAGGCAAACCUUGAGCCCCUCCUGCAGCUCCUGCGGGUGCUCACGCGACACGACCUCCUGCCCUUCGUCUCACGCAAGAAGAGAAGAACAGUGUCGCCAGAGAGGGACUACCCGGUCCCGAUGGAGGAGGCCGCCAUGGAAGGAACCUCUAAGAAUACCAGCUGCAGCCAUGCCGGCCCACCCAGUGACUGCUCCUCGGAACUCUGGAGGGAAGGGGUUGACCCUAUGCGAGCUGCAGCUCCUAUGAGGCGUAAGCGGGGCAAAGGGCGUCAGUGGACGCGCAGGAAAGGCCCCAAACCCCCAGAGUUUCAGCCUCCUCCAGUCCCCAACAAAGUCACCUGUGAUAUCCGUCUGCGUGUGCGUCCCGAGUACUCCGAGCAGGAGUCGGUCCUGCGUGCGUCUGUCUCGUCUACCAAGCGUGAGCCGCUGGCGCGUCAGCUGGACCUGUUUGGCCGUGCCAACGCCAUGCUGCGGGCACGGGACCUGGGCUCCAUCAACUGUGACAUCAAGUUCUCAGAGGUGUCCAAGCUGGACGCGUUCUGGGCAGACUACCUGAGCGGCGCGCUGACCGAGGCGCUGAAGGACGUGUUCCUCACGGACGCGCUUCGGCGGGCCGCCGGACACCACCGCUUGCAGCUGCUGGUCAGCGUCGACCAGGACGACUACGAGCAUGGACGCCGCAUGCUGAUGGAGCAGCUCACAGACCACUCACACCAGGUCCCAGCUGGACGUGAGGAAGCUCACUGGUGACGACACAGCAGAAGGAUUUUUAUUUGUGACCUCUGACCUCUUCCAUUGGUACUAUGGUGACGCUGACGAGAGGUUACAUCGUGUCAGACCACAGCAGAGGCCAAACUGCUGUGUCUGUGUGUGUGUGGUGAUGCUGAGAGACUGUGUCGUCAGACUGCACAAGAGGCCAAACUGCUGUGUGUGUGUGUGUGUGUGUGUCCAUACUGAUUAAGUAUCCUUACACCGUCUAGAGAGAGAGAGAGAGAGAGAGAGAGAGAGAGAGUGUGUGUGAGAGAGAGAGAGGGAGAGAGAGAGGGUUGUGUGUGUGUGAGAGUGGGGGUGUGUGCGAGAGUGAGUGGGUGGGAUGUGUGGUGAAACUACUGCCAAACUUCCACGAUAACUGGAAGCAGGGCCAUGGGCCGUGUGUGUGAGUGUGUAUGUGUGUGUUCUGUAA